GUUUACCGUUUCAAUCGGGAAUCGUCGCCGGAGAAUCCAAGGAGCUCAGCCUCGAUCUAUCUACUUUCUUCGAAUCUGGGCCUUCUCUGAUAAUGGAAUCGAUGAAGAAGAUGUUUCUGAAAUCAGGCUCUGGGAAAAUGAAGGAAAAUGACAUGAAGAAGAGGUGGUUUUUGAACAACGGAAGCAAAUUCGUAAAAGAACUUAUCGCUGAUUGUAACGGUAAAUCAAUUCCUAUACGCAGUUUUUCAAAUUCCCAGAUCAUUCAAGCCACCAAUAACUUCGACUCAAGUUGUUUCGUCGCGGAAGAUGCGUACUAUAAGUGGUACACAGGUAAAAUCGAAAACAGAUCCUACAUGAUCAAGAGAUUCUCCGAGGAUGAAAUUACAGGACACAGAAUUGAAGAGGUUUACAAUGAUAUAGUCUUGUCUGCUCGCAUGAGCAAUCACAACAACUUUCUAAAACUAUUAGGAUGUUGCCUCGAGUUUCCUUUUCCAGUUAUAGUGUUUGAAUACGCAGAACAUGGAGUUAUGAAUCAACGAGGAGGUAUUAUUGUCAACGGGGAGGAAUCUGUGUUGCCAUGGAGUUUACGAUUAAAGAUUGGAAAGGAGAUUGCUAAUGCUGUGACUUAUCUUCACAUGGCCUUCUCUAAGAUCAUCAUACAUAGAGAUGUUAAGCCAAUGCACGUUUUCUUGAGCAAGAACUGGACUGCAAAGUUGUCUGAUUUAUCUUUCUCAAUAUCUCUCCCUGAAGACAAAUUAAGUAUAGAAGCUGAAAGAAUCCUGGGAACAUUUGGGUAUCUCGAUCCCUUAUAUCAUGCCACUAGUUAUGUGACGGAAUAUACCGAUGUUUACAGCUUUGGAAUCUGUUUGUUGGUUUUUCUCACUGGCAAACCGGCUGUGUUCACGGGAUCUGAUGGAGAUCCCCAAGGUCUUCUUAGCUAUGUGAGAGGGCUAUGUGAGGAUGGGAAGCUCGAUGAAGUAAUAGAUCCAAUGAUGGCAAAAGACAUCACAAGUGGUCAAAGAUUGCAGUCGGAGGCGUGUGUUGUACUUGCGUUGAGAUGCUGCGAGGAGAGAGAUGAAGACAGACCAAAGAUGAUCCAAGUAGCUAAACAACUCAGGCGGAUUCAUACGUCAUUUUUGAGAUCUUAACUAGGCAUCCUCUGUUCUGAGACAAACUCUACCCAACUAUUAUUGCAUUUGAAUUCUUGCCAGUUUGAUGUUUUUGUAGCCUCAAGAAAGAAUUUCGUGACAUGUCUUUGUGAGAUCGGAGCAGUUAAUCACAGAAUAUAUGAUGAAGAUAGGAGCAUCUAUGGUGUCCAAAAGAAGAGAUUUUUUAGUUGCUUGACUUAUCAAGUAAUACUUAUCUUCGAUUAUACCUUUGUACCAUAUUGUUCGAUUAUAGAGAUAAAGUAUAAAAUCCUUGCAUUAUGAAGAAUGGAUCCUCAGAUGUUUAGAUACAACAUAUAUCGUGAAAGAAAGCUCGAAACAAGAAUAUCAUAACAACUUUCA